AUGGCGGUCAUGGAGACCCAAUCUCAGCGGAUUGAGGCCAGGGAUGUUCAAGCUCAGGGGAUGGGGGGCCAGGGAAGGCCAGGCUCGGCGGAUGGGAUCAGUCUAGGUGGAGAGGUGUUUGCUGUGUUGUCCGUCUUCCUUCUUGUGGCCUCUGCCAUGGCCAGCCCCAUGCCCGAUCCUGGCUAUCGUCGCCAUGGUGGCUAUGGUGGUGGUUAUGGCGGGUAUGGUGGUGGAUAUGGAGGCUAUGGUGGUGGAUAUGGAGGCUAUGGCGGUGGAUAUGGAGGCUAUGGUGGUGGAUAUGGCGGUGGAUACGGAGGCUAUGGAUACGGGCGUUAA